AUACUCUAGAUCGUCAUGCAGAGGAGUAUGCGAGUUCAUCAACUGUCGCUGUUCUGCUGCCUUCUGUUAUGCUAUACACUAGUACAAGCCCAAUUCGGAUGGAGAUGUGGAUAUGUGGGAGGAUGGUGUGACGAAAGAUGGAGGUUUUUUGACCAUCCGAAUGGGUUCCGAUCCAAGGCCCUUAUGAUGGCUGCUCUUGCAAGGUCCGUUAGGGCCAACGUUGAUGCAGAAUGACAGACACUCAAUCAAAAGCAGUGCAGUGUCAGGAGGACUUCUAGCAUCCGACUUUGAUCUCUUCAUGCAAACCCAGAUGAUUGAUCUGAUGGUAGAGUAAAUGUUUUAUGGUGU